AUGAAGAUUGCAGUUGAAGGAUGCUGCCAUGGCGAGCUGGACGCCAUUUACAGUCAUAUCGGGCAGCUGGAGAGAAAGAACGGGUAUAAAGUCGACGUGCUCCUCAUCUGCGGCGACUUUCAGGCGGUGAGGAAUCACCAGGAUCUGCAGUGCAUGUCGGUGCCGGCAAAGUACAGGCAGCUGCAGCAUUUCUACAAGUAUUAUACGGGCGAGAAGCAGGCGCCGGUUUUGACGCUUGUGAUUGGAGGGAAUCAUGAGGCGUCGAAUUAUAUGUGGGAGUUGUACCAUGGUGGAUGGCUUGCGCCCAAUAUUUAUUUCCUGGGACAUGCUGGGUGCGUCCGAGUGAAUGGUGUGUCUAUCGCAGGCGCGUCGGGGAUAUUCAAGGCUAAUGAUUUUAAAUACGGGCACUAUGAAAAGGUACCGUACGACCAAGGCUCCAUGCGGAGUAUCUACCACAUCCGCGAAUACUGCGUGCGCAAACUAUCACUUCUCUCAGAAACCCGCAUCUUUCUCUCGCACGACUGGCCGCAGUCGAUCGAGCACCACGGCGACCUCGCCGGGCUGCUCCAUCGGAAAACGUUCCUUAGGGCUGAUAUAGAGAAGGGCGCGCUGGGCUCGCCGCCGCUCAUGGGGCUCCUGCGCACGCUUAAGCCGGAGUGGUGGUUCGCGGCGCAUUUGCAUACGCGGUAUGAGGCGGUGGUGGUGCAUGAGCCGGCGCUUGCGUCUGUGCCUGGGACGGCGCCUGUGGCGAAUCCUGAUGAGAUUCGGAUUGAGGAUGAGGAGGGGGUGGAGAGGGAGGGGGAGGGGGAGGGUGGGAGUGGAGGAGGAGGGCAGGCGGCGGCGGUGAGUAGGAACCCGGAUGAGAUUUUGUUGGAGGAUGAAGAGGAGACGGUGGAAACUCCUCCCUUACCCCCUCCCCGCGCACGCGAAACCAAAUUUCUAGCUCUCGACAAAUGUCUCCCCCGCCGUCAAUUCCUCGAGGUGAUCGAUAUCGACACACCCACACCCUCACCGGACGAGGGCCCAGUACUCACCUUCGACGAGGAGUGGCUCGCAAUCACCCGCGCGUUCCACCCGUGGCUGUCGACGACGCGGCACCAGCCCCCCUUCCCGGACGAAGCGGACGCGCGCGGGAUCGUCGCGAGAGAGCGCGCGUGGGUGCGCGAGAAUGUGCGGUCGUUGGCUGUGAGUGAGUGUCAGAGCUUUGCGAGGACGGCCCCUGGGCCUGGCCACGAGGGCGGAAACAAGUUUAAACAACGUUGGCUGAGUGUUUUGGAUGCAGCGCCGUGGUAUACGAAUCCGCAGACAGAGGCGUUUUGUAGGAUGUUGGAUAUACCUAAUAAAAUCAACCCGCCUCCGACGAACGUGUAG